CAAUGUCAGCGUCUUCAUUUUGUGUUUUUUUGGUUUCAGUUUUCUUUUCCAUGGAGAAGACUGUGGAGAUUGAUGAGCAGUGGAGUGUUAUGAGGGCCAUGCAGGAGCUGACAAUGGACCCGACGACAGGCACAGCCGGGGGGGAAGGAGAGAUUCCAAGCAAGGUCGGACCACUUGGGAAACUGUUUGAUCUGGUGGGUGGUGAUUGUUUGGAAAAGCUGGGUCUGUAUCGAAAGCAGGAGUCGUCGGAUGACGAGGAGGAAAUCGACAAGGGUAACGAUCAUGAGAGAGUGGAUGUGAAUUGUAGGGGUGUUGUAGCCCGAGAGGAAACGGUCGGCUACAACCCGAGGAAAGACCAAGGUGGUGGCAAUGAGCAGGCUCAUUGUGCCGCCGACGAAGUGAACGUCGAAGAUAACAACGGCGGCGGUGCUCAAGAGGAAGUUAGCAGCAGCGGCAAUGGCAUCGGGGAUGGAGGAGGAGCGGCAGGAGGGGGAGGGGAAGCCGGAGAGAAAAUCCGGCGGGAUCUUGGCAAUGACGUCGUCUUGCCUGAUGAAAAACAGCAGCAAGAGGGAGAGAAGACAGCACAAGGGCCUGUGGAGCAGAAGCCGGAGGUAGAGGAUGGUGAGAUUGGGUAGUGGAUUUAUAUAGGAACUAGCUAGAAGUUCACUAUGUUUCCUAUCGUGGGGGGUGAUAGGCGCACACCAUUCAUUUGUUGAAGCAUUGUAUAGUAAUGAGCUAAAGCAAUGAAUGAUAGGGCAGAUGUUUGUUGGGGGGGGGGGGGGAGGGGGAUUGGUAAGGGGGGAGGGGGGCGGGAGGGAAGGGUGUACUGCGCUCAGUUGUAGUUGUCCCAGAAGCUGCUGGAAACACACUAAUUUAGUAAAUAAUACUCUCAAUGAACUGGAAUGCGGCAAGCAUGAAAGUGCGUGGCUGAUCUUCUCUUUUUUUCCAAUUAGGUCCCUCCCUUCUUGACCAGGGAGUCUUUAUUACCUUCAAGCAGUGAAGGUAAUUUUGGGUUCCUGGGGGUCGGUACAGACAGUACUACACUAUAUUUUUAUACAUACACGUACUUGUUUUGUGUCUGUGAUUUUAUCUGCCUCUUUACAAAUCAAAUCUCUGUAAUUCUGUCUCACUGUAUCACACACCGCUGUAGGUGUGACCGACUCCAUCCAGAGUUGGUAUUGCUGCAACAGAGGAGGUCAAAAGAAGCAGUUGCACACACCCCUCCACCUCUUCCUAGCACCCGUCAACCCCUUGAUGUUGUUUUCGGCACACUCAGAUUUGCCACUCUUCAUUCUCAAGAAGAGCCAUGCUUCAGGUUCCUAUCCCGCUUCUCAAUUUGAAGGCCCUCUUCGGCCUCUGUGGUGUCGGCAGCUCUGGGUGAUGCCUUCGAGUCU